UGGCCGUUUCCGGGAUUGAGGAAAGCGGUUCGUCUGAAAGACAGCAGUUGGGCGAAGCUCGGGCUCGUCGGCGGUGGCGGCUGUGAUGUACCACAGCAGCACGCAGAGGCGCUACUGGACUUUCCGCGGCGAGGAGGAAUUGUCCCGCAGGCGCUCUGACGCCAACCGCAAGUUCAGAUGCAAAGCGGUGGCCAAUGGGAAGGUUCAACAGACAGACUCAUUUCUUCUUGACCAACAUGAAGAGCUGAUAAUUUGUAAAUAUUAUGAAAAAAGAUUAGCAGACUUUUGCUCUGUAUUUAAACCAGCAAUGCCCAAAUCUGUUGGGGGUACAGCAUGCAUGUAUUUCAAACGUUUUUACCUCAAUAACUCAGUAAUGGAAUAUCAUCCCCGGAUAAUUAUGUUAACGUGUGCAUUCUUGGCUUGUAAAGUAGAUGAAUUUAAUGUAUCUAGUGCACAAUUUGUUGGUAACCUUCGUGAGAGCCCAGCAGGACAGGAGAAGACAUUGGAACAGAUCUUGGAAUAUGAAUUACUACUUAUUCAGCAGCUGAAUUUCCACCUUAUAGUACAUAACCCUUACAGACCAUUUGAAGGGCUAUUGAUUGAUUUGAAGACCCGUUAUCAAUUGCUUGAAAAUCCUGAGACAUUGAGGAAAACAGCAGAUGAUUUUCUUAAUCGGGUAUCUUUGACAGAUGCCUGCCUUCUAUUUACACCUUCUCAGAUAGCUCUUACCGCUAUGGUAUCAAGUGCAUCCAGGUCAGGAUUUAAUAUGGAAAGUUACUUAUCAGGAACCCUGAUGCUCAAAGAGAAUAAAACAUCCCUUUCACAGUUGCUGGAUGGAAUGAAAU